AUGCUCACUCGCCAACCAUCGAUGGCCACUCAGCAGCAACCGACGCAUCACUCCAACAACAACAACAACAACAGGCGAACACAACAAAAUAUGGCGCAAGACGACCGUGAUCUCUCAGGAGAACCAUCAAAUCAUUAUCCGAAUAAUAAUAAUAAUAAUAUUGUUCAUCACAUUCCACCACCAAGACAACCGUUGGGAGGAUAUUAUUACGGUUAUCAAAGUAGUCCUCGAGGAGGAGGAAGAGGAGGAACAUUGGACACGACGACGAGUACUAGUCUUGGUGAUCAUCAUUAUCCACCACCUCCGAGCCAUCAUCAAUAUCAACAACAACAUGUUCAUCCUUCUUUCCAUCCUUCAUCCUAUUCCGAGCAUUACAAACCCUAUAGUAAUAGUAGUCAUACCUCCACGAGUGGUGAAAGAGGCUUUAGAAAGUAUGAUUCAUCCUCCGAACAUCAAAAAAAAAGAAAUUUUGAUCAUUACACUAGAAAUACUUCUUAUGGAGGUAAAAACAAGUACAGAAAGAAUGAUAAAAGCGGACCUCCUCCUCUUGAUUCUAAUACUAUCCAUUUAAAGGCUAACGAUGAUAAGGUUCCACUCCGAAAUGGAAUUCCAAUUUGGAAUUUUUCAAUCGACCAUUCUCAAUAUGAUAUUAAAUCCAAUGGAGAGGAACAACGAAAAGAUUCUUUCAGAUCAAUGCCAAAGAAGGAACUCUAG